AUGAGCUUAGCAUUAGUUGGAGUGGCAUUUGUGACAGGAGCUGGCGGGGGUAUUGGUAGAGCUUGUGUCGAACAAUUUGUACGAGAUGGGUGCACACGGCUCCUCAUCACAGACCUCAAAGAUGAUCACCUUGCCGAAACUGUACAAAGUGUCAAAGGCAUCAACCCUGAAGCAAUCGUCGUUAGCAAGUCUGGGGACAUCACCGACAAUGAAACAAUUGACAAUCUUAUAAAGCUUACAGUUACCAAGUUUGGCAGAUUGGACUAUGCAGUGAACUCAGCUGGCAUAAUAGGGAAGCAGAAAGAAAUCACCCAGCUGAGCCUUGACGAUUACGACUUUGUUGAAAGUGUCAAUGCGCGUGCAAUAUGGCUAUGUGAGCGAGCGCAGAUUGCACAAAUGCUCACGCAAGAACCUCUUCCCACCCAUGACGGUCGAACCGGUAACAAAGGGGCCAUUGUCAAUAUAUCAUCGAUGUGUGGUUUAAUAGGGCUUCCGAACUCGACGCCGUACACCAUGUCAAAGCACGCUGUGAUAGGACUGGUCAGAUCUGACUCUACCACCUUCGCGAGGCAAGGGAUCCGUGUGAAUGCGCUUUGCCCAGGGAUCAUUGACACUGGUCUGAUCAGCCCGCAAGUACGCGAUUUCACGAUGGAGUAUUGUAAGAAAUUUACCCCCAUGGAGCGGCUGGGAACUCCUCAAGAGGUAGCCGAUGUCGCUUCCUUCCUAGUUUCGAGCAGAGCAACGUACAUCAGUGGAGCUGCUAUUCUGGUGGACGGGGGCCACACAGGUCAGUAG